UGUCCUAGGAACAACUGUUUGAUGUACUAGAAAGUCUGUUGACAAUAACUGAACAUAAAAGGAACUACGUAGCCUCCGACGUCGCCUCAUUCGUGCAUUCAAACAGAAUAUAUAGCACAACUGUUUCACGGAGAAUUUAUAUAUUUAGAAAAUACGCCAGACGAAGCACUUGAAUUCUCUACGUGAACAAACGACACAUCCCACCACUAAGGGUGUGAUUCUCCGGUAAUUUUCAGCUGAUAUCGUGUUGAAAAGAACUCGAAGUGACUCAAGACGGAAAAUUCCUCUCUGUAUUGCAAAUAUUGCAGGAAUUUUCUUGUAGUGACUCAGACGCGAUUGGUGAGUUUGUGAAACAUAAGUUUGUUUUCAGCUCGAAUUGGUCUUAUGUCAUUCGAUUGACCUCACGUCCAGGUGACCCGUGGAUGGAGAGUGUCAGCCAUUAACCUGAUUGAAUCAUCACUAUUAUUUAUUUAAAUAAGGCCACAUAAUGUCCAUCAUGAAUGACGGAGCUGAUCAGUCGUCAAUCCCAGAUUCCAUGGAUGUCUUUGACCAUUUUUUUCCGGAUGGGUUUCAGCAAUAUACUGAUGACGAUGUGCUGCUUGACGGACUUUCGGACAUUCUUACCAGCCCAAGUUCAAACAACGGAUUAACAAACUACGACGAAAUGAACGAUAUGGAGGAAAAAUCCACGGAAGUAGCCGCUAUCCAGAUAUAUCCAGAACAUUCCCAGAACUUGGCUCUUUGGAGUCCCUCCAGCGAGCCCAUGUUCAGCGCCGUGCCACCGAUGCCCCCACAGGCCCACGCUGUCCAUGUCGUCAGUCCCGAUUGUGGCUUUCACCAAUCAGAGAGGAUUUAUUACAGUCUAGCAGAGAAUGAACCAAUGCGGGUGGACUCGGAGGAUGUCAGAGGAACGCCGAUGGCAGAACCUAAUGCCCUUGGAGAGAGCCUUGGAUCCGUUGAAUUGAACGCAACCACAACUGCCUCAAUACAGUCGAAUGACCACUCCCAUGGACCUUCGGCUACACAGAGACAGGCUCUACCGGACAGCGGUCGAACCCAAUCUACAUCCGGUACAACAGCAAACGGCACAACUGCAGAAGCUGGAGGGUACUUCUCAGGUUACGAGUUGCCGGAAUUUCACCAUUUCAAGGUAAGCGUCAAGUUCAUGUCGAAGACCGUGCUAACGAAAGACGUCACCGAGAGAGGUGGAUGCUUACUUCAUCAUCAGCCAUCAGACCAAUCUCCUGUCACUGUACCAGCUGAGGUAGAUAGGAUACCGAUUCCACUAAAGGAAGAGUUCAAAUGGGAAAAAGAUAAACAGAAGCGAUUCACCGAGUUGAUUAUGAAGGGCUUCCAUCGAGGAGUUGAGUUUUACUCCCGAGAAAAGAAUAUCUACGCGAGAAGAAGAUCGGAUACAAAGCUAUUUUGGCAUAGCAAUGAGCAAAAACCCGGACUAGCGAAAGAGCUGAAAAGGUACGAGGAGACUGAGGUCUUCAACUGGGAAAAAUUUCGAGAAACAUUUGAGGCUCGCUUGGGCUUGGAGAAUCGCACAAAUCUAAGACUGCCAUCAAUCUGGUUCAGCUUUGCCCAGAAGUGGGACAGGGAGUCUUCGCCUAUAACAACCAAGUUAGUAUGGGCCAGGGUUGAUCCCACACGAGCUUGUGAGAUGGUGGAGAACGUCACACCUGAUGGCAGGUCCACUCAGAGUCUGGAAUCGGUACACACCAGCCAUUUUCUCUUUUCCAAUGAAGCCAGUCAUAGUGUUCCACAGUGAUAAUUCCGUUUCAAAUUCUCUAUUUCCGUUGGACAAACAUACGAAUUUAUACAUUUGACGUAACUACAAACAGUUCAUUCAUGACAUAACAGCACACAAAUUUAUAUGUUUUAAGUAGACUGUGAGUAUGCAAAUUUUUGACCUAGCAGAUAACAGAUAUCUAAAAGAAACAAUAUAUUUCAUAUAUUUUGACAAAGUUACAGUUGAUGCUACGUGAUGCUAUUAAUGCCGCUGUCGGCAUAAAGCAUGGACAGAAAAUAAAAGAUUUUCAACGAUUUU